UUGGGCGUUUAUAUUUAUGUUUUUUUGAUUGGAUUAGUUGCGUUUCGUCUUUUUCAAUGGCAUAAGCGGGCAGCGCACCACGGCAGCAGUACUAAAUAUCAAUAAUUUUGUAAAAUCGAAAACAGAAUGCAGUUGAUAAGAAUUAUUUUGUGCGUGUCAGUUAUACAAACAUGUAGUUCCACGGAAACGGCUUCAUCGAACAACGGCAACACCACAAACAUAUUGGUUAAGACUGAUGCUGGGGAGGACAGUGACGAUGAUUAUGUCGACUAUGCGGAUGAAACUGAAGUUAGCAAGCAAAAAGGUCAGCGCAAUCAGAAUACAUUUGAUAGAGUCGGCACUUAUUACUCUUGGGACCGCUGGGAGAAGUGGAGCAAAUGCUCUACAACUUGUGUUCAAAUCAAAAAGCGGAAGUGCUUGGAGCGCAGCUCCAAGAAUUCAACUCAAGAGGAAACUGUGGAAAGGCGAUUUUAUCCAGGCAAUGGCACAUUGGGCUGCUCUGGCGUGCUCAAACGGUAUCGACAAUGUAAGGAAGAGCGCUGUAAGAUUGGAAAACAACGACUGCGUGACGAGCAAUGCGAACGAUUUAACUCUGUGCCAUAUCGUGAAGCGUUCUACAAUUGGGUUGGGUACGAGAAAGAGCAUGAUGAAUGUAUGCUGUUCUGCCGUCAGGUCAGUUCUGAUUUAUUCAUUAGUAUGAACCAAUCUGUCACCGAUGGAACACCGUGUAAUCGACCUGCUGUCUACUACACACAGUUCUACAGGCGCCAGGCAGUUUGUGUUGAGGGAAUUUGUCGGGCUGUCCAUAGUAGUGGCUUGAUUCGUCCUACGACAACACGAGAUAGUCAACUUAAAUGUGGCUCCGUAUUGUGCACACGCAUAUCUCAGAUAUUUAAACAACGUAAUCUAAAGAAAAAUUAUAAUCAUAUCGUCACCAUACCAAUUGGGGCAAUGAAUUUAUCAAUUAGAGAAGAGAAAAAGCAAAGCAACAAUUCUUUGGCUUUAAGGAGUCCUGAUGAAGUCAUUUUAUUAAAUGCGGAUCAAUCCAAGAUGUCUGAUGGUGGAUUGUUUACUCUCAAUAAUGAAACGUAUCAGUUUGAUCGACAAAAUGGUCUGAUCACUUCAAAGGGACCUCUUGCGAAGGCUGUCAUCCUAAUGUACUUUGUUGCAGACACAACGACUUCUGUAAAUGAUGUGCAAUAUAAUUAUACGCUGCCGAUAUCGUCUGCACCCGUAAUCGAGGAAGAGGAAUUCCAAGCGAUCUGGGAUGAAUGGGGAAAGCCCAUCAACGAUUCGGACGCUGGUUAUGGGCAACGCGUUAGGGAGCGCAAGCGCAAACGAUUUAACUGGAAAUUGUUGGGAUUCGGUGAAUGUAAUCGAUCCUGUGGCCCUGGCACCCAGACGCCCAUUUUUCGUUGCAUUAAUGCGCGUGAAUCCUCAUCGCGAUAUUAUUCGCCAAGUCGUUGUGCCGUCAUCGAAAAACCCACGUUCAGUAACGACAUCUACAACUGCAACCGUGGUCUCUGUCCUGCAUUUUGGCGGCCAAGCAACUUCAGUGACUGUCAAUGUCCCAACGGUGUCUCAAUUGGCCGACGCACUCGUCACUUUGAAUGCAUGCAGGAGCAGAUAAAGGGCAAUGUCAUACUCGUGCCCGAUAAACUUUGCCCUGCCCGGGAUGAUUUAUCUGAACCCUGUCGCUGUCCAAUUAUUCUUUCUAAGACGUUAAGCCUCGGCACUAAAGUAUAGUGAUCAUGUGUGACAUUGUAGUGGUAAUAUCUUCGGUUUGAUUCAAUCCUUGAUGUAAUAAACUUGAAGCACAUCUUCGGCUUCCGAAUAUUUCUUGGGUGAAUGAAUUGACUUUAAUAUAUUACACUGAUGUCAGGAAAAGGGUCAAUAAAGACGAUUAUCCAUUUAAAAUCUAUGACUUCGUUCCGCAAUUAAUGACCCACUAUCCACAAACCAAUCCAAGAAAAGUUGUGCGUCUAUGGUAUGUAUGUAUGUGUGGUUCUUUUAAUUUUCAAUUGUCCGCAAUAAAGAAUAUCAAAUC